GGUACUACACAUACAGUACGUAAAGAACUUGGAAAGCAAGUUUAAUUCCUGCAUUCCGAGAGACCUUGCCGAGGUCGUUUUAAGGGCUUUGAAGAGAGUCUCAAAGUCAAAGCAGACGAAAACAGAAUUCAGAAAGACUUGUUAGAAAAACUGUGAUUAUGGUACUCCACAUCGCAAACUAAUCAUUAGGUUUGUCGGCUUGAAGUGAAACUUUUUUUAUUGUUUCAUCCAAAUAAAACUUUUUCCACUUUAUUUUAGACUUGUAACCUUUUAACUGGAAAGGUCUGUGCCGCUGUGAAAUAUAUUCUGUUUAACUUGCUGCUCAGAAUGGAUUACAUAAAUUUAAAUCUAAGAACUGAGGACUCGUUCCACCCAAAACAAUAAGUCAGUCGAUAUUUUAUUUUGAUGACAUAUAUUCAAACGACGUUACUUUUUGCGAUUCAGACAAAAACUGUUCUCAGACACCUCUCAACAUGACGAUCAAGCUGUUGGCCCUUAUCCUUUUAACAUCUGUGGUUCAUGCACGUUUAUUAAAGAAAAGGCAAACGCUUUGCCCGGAGAUAUGUGAUAUUUCCCGCUGCCCCCCAGUCCCGGAUUCGUGCUUCUACGGGGAGGUGAAAGACGACUGCGGGUGCUGCGACAUCUGCGCAGCGGGAGAAGGAGACCUCUGUGGCGGACGCGGUUUGGGGACCUGUGGCGAGGGGAUGGUGUGCGUCUACCCACCAGGGAAGCGCAGGCACCGAGGUACAUGCGUCUGCGCUGCCACCGAACCGGUCUGCGGCAGCGAUGGAAGGACAUAUCCCAGCAUCUGCCGACUGAGAGCCGAGAACAGAAGAGCUGAGCUAAACCAAACCCCUCCGGUAAUCCUCAUUCAGAAGAGUCCCUGCGAUUCUGGUCCCCAGAAUCCUGAUAGUCUCCGGUACAAGUUCAACUUCAUCGCUGAUGUGGUGGAUAAGAUUGCCCCAGCUGUGGUACAUCUGGAACUGUUCCGUCGACUGCCCUUCACCAACCAGGAGAUUCCUGUGUCAAGUGGCUCAGGGUUCAUUGUGUCCGAGGAUGGAUGGAUUGUCACCAAUGCUCACGUUCUGACCAAUAAACAGCGCAUCAAAGUAGAGUUGAAGAGUGGCGCCCAGUAUGAUGCCAAGGUCAAGGAUGUGGACCAAAAACUGGACAUCGCACUCAUUAAAAUUGAACCAGACAGCCACCUGCCAGUGCUCCUACUGGGACGUUCUGCUGACCUGCGGCCAGGGGAGUUUGUGGUGGCAGUGGGAAGCCCCUUCUCUCUCCAGAAUACAGUGACCACUGGCAUUGUCAGCACCACCCAGAGAGGGGGGCGAGAGCUGGGGCUGAAGGACUCUGACAUGGAGUACAUCCAGACUGAUGCCAUCAUCAAUUAUGGGAACUCAGGAGGACCGCUGGUUAACUUGGAUGGUGAAGUCAUCGGAAUAAAUACUUUGAAGGUAACAGCUGGCAUAUCCUUUGCAAUCCCUUCAGAUAGAAUACGCCAGUUCCUCGCAGAAUCCUAUGAUCGACAGAUAAAGGGGAAGACGCUACCCAAAAAGAAGUACAUGGGAGUCAGAAUGCUGCAGCUUUCUCCAAAUUUAAUUAGAGAGCUGAAGGACCGGGACAAGGAUUUUCCAGAUGUAAGCAUGGGAGUCUAUGUGUUUGAGGUAAUUCCAGGGACAGCCGCAGCGAGCUCUGGCAUGAAGGACCACGAUGUGAUUAUCAGCAUCAACAACCAAUCUGUGAAAACCACAGAGGAUGUGAGCGAAGCGGUCAAGUCCAGUAGCACGCUCUCUGUGGUGGUGCGCCGAGGAAAUGAGGACAUUAUGCUCACUGUCGUUCCAGAAGAAAUAGACUGAUUGAAAUGGACAAAAACUGGGUCUCAACAAAGACCUGCUGCAUUUUUCUAAUGUAUCCACAGAAAAAAAUGUUCUUUAGCAGGUUUUCUGACUCCUCUGCCAUACUGAUUUUUUAACCUUACUUGCUGUUUGUUGCAAACAGACGUUUCUCAACUACUUUUCUGAAAUUAUCCAUGCAUUUAGUUAUGUUUCCCUAUAGAUGUGCUUUCAGAUAUUUUAUUUAGACAUCAAUGGUUUGAUUGGGGAAACCGGGUAAGGAUAUUAAGGGUUAGUUUUUAGAUUAUCUCGUGAUAAAGAUAGAUAGCACAUCUUAAAAAUGACAAAAACAUAAUAUAAAAGAGGAUAAACACUGGAAAAAAAACAUUGCUGAUACAAUUAAUUUUUAAGGUAGCUAAGCCUUUUUUCUGAUUUUUUCCUACAGGUUUUCAAGAAUGAUAAUUGCAGUAUUAAAUAAGUUCAGCAAAGAGCAAAGAUGUUUUCAGUUGGACAAAAUUAGCACAAUAUCAAGAUUCACACACAGCAUAUACUGUGUAUAACAGACAAGAAUAACUGAAUACUGUUAAACUAUGCAAAAUAUCAUGCAAUAAAGUUUAACAUUAAAAUGUA